UUAGCCCAGUCUUAGCAGCGUGGUAUUCAAAAUGGCGUCAGAAAAUGAAAAGAAGACUAACGAUACAAAUGAAAUAGACAACAAAGAGACAGAAGAAAUUGUCAUACCUAACUCGAAAAGUUGCAAAGGAAUAAUUAAAGACCCGAAUUUUGCUGUUGUUUGUUCUUUUAUCAAGAUAUUUGGGCCAUUGUUACACUUUAAAGAGCUUUCUAUUGAUACAUUGCAACAGUUCUUUGACACUCCAACACGAGGUAUCAUUUUAAAUAUCACUAGAAGUAACCCGAGGGUAGAAGUGCGACCAAUGCAUGCACAUACUCCACAAUUACCUUUCUUAAUCUGGUAAUCAUGCAAUGCUGAAUGUUAAUACGCACCAGUGAUAGUCAAUAAUUGACUAUUUCGUCCAUUUGACUUCAACCGCGGGGCUAUCCGACUUUGCAUGCGCAUAAUUUAGCAGUUUAAUGGUUAUAACAAUUUCUGACAAAUGUCUGAUCAACUGUGUAGUUGUUUGGACAUUGGCUAAUAAUGGUCGCCCAGCUUUUCAAUAUUUACACUUCAUAGCUCAUUAUGGUCACUUCUUGUAUGAUCAUUCACUUACGUUUUAGUAAGCAGUCCCAACAGUCCAUGUAACCGAAAAGUUCUUGGUCCCACAGAUACUGUUUUCAAAGUUUCAAUAUGGCUGGUACAAUGGUCUGGUACCAUAAACAUGUGAUCUGAUUUUGUUGCCUGUCACCGCGAAUCUAAUAAUGUACUAUACUAUACUAAUCAAAUAAUGUACUUUUAAUUUAUUUGAUUGGUCAAAAUGUCCAUGCAGAAUAAAAUUAAUCAGCCAUUUAGUGUUUUUGUUCAGCAAAUACAGUAGCCGAUUGUCUACCAUAAGAUUAUAAUUUGUGCCGGAACCAAUGGUGAAUAUUUGAUUUUUUCAAAUUUGAAAUUAAAAAUUUCAUGAUUUGAUGUGUUCAUUGGAAUUAUUGGGCAAAAACCAUUUGGUUAUCUGACAUUUUGUGUUCAAACUAGAAACUAGUAUCAUCAGGAUACUUCCUAUAAUCCAUCAGGAUACUAGGAUCUCAAAUCCUGGCUUUACAUGGCAAAAGUCAGAGGGCCCUUGUCAUAUGCUUUUUGCUGUAACACAAAACCCUAUACACCAUGGUUGAUCCUUGAAUCCCAUGUUGCAACAUAUCUGAACAUGCAUCUUAUGAUCUGAUGCAAUGUGAUGUAUAAUGAAUAUCAUAUGCAAUGUGUACCAAAUCAUUGCAAUGUAUAUGGUCCUUGACACUCCCGAAAUUUCAGGUUGGCAAGAAAUUGCCGACCUAAUAGCAAUAAUACUCAAUCUAGGUUGGCAUAUAUUUUCAAAACAAAUAGACAAUAUCAAAAUGAAAAUUUAAUUUGCUUGCUGCAAAUAUGUGUAUUUAUAUACAGCAAUUAAUUGCGAUCAAUGCCAAUAUAGCAAACAAAACAACUAACAAAAUGUAUGAACUCCAAUCCAAACGGGUCACAAAAAUACCCUUUCCCACCCGGCUCAUUAAUAUCGCUCUCUGAUUCUGAAUAAAAAUCGCAGUUUAUAAUAUGUAUUGGGAACACUGAUAUGAUUGGGAACCGUGAGAAUUUGUUUAUAGAUGCCAUUACGCCAAUGCAAAAUGGGUUACACACUUUAAUACACUUGAUCCAAUUUUGAUUGUGACUAUGGUCUACAUUUCGUACCAUAGCCCCGUAUAAAAUGGGCCAAGUAUAAAAUUGGCCAAGUAUAAAAUGGGCUGUGAUAGUUAUAUCAUAGAAUAGGAAGGUAUACCAGAAGUCUCACUCAAGCAAGUAUUUGUCCGCGUUUUUACAAGCGAUUCGUCUGAUCAUCAAUCACGCCAUCCUGGCUAGUACAACCGGCACUUUGUACCUAUCAAAACCUGAUAAAAACUUCCGGCUGUACUAGCCAGGAUGGCGUGAGCGAGUUAAAAUUUUCGUGGGUUACACUUCUGCUAUACUUUCCUAUUUUGUGGUUAUAUGCUGUAUAUUCAAAUACAUUCUUCAACCGGAAUAUAACCACACGUGGUUAUUAUUGUAUUAACGCUAUAGUAAAAAUUUUUAAAAAAAAAGGGAACACGGCAAGAUUUGAUAAAAAAAUCGUGCGGAGUCGGUGAGGUCCAAAAAAAAAUGCGCCCCCCCCCAAAAAUGCCCCCCCCCCCCAUGAAAAAUCAAAUGGUCCGUCCCUUAGAGGAAAACGUUUGUGAAAAAUGGAAAUUUGAGGCAAUAUUAGGGAAAUAUAUCUUUGAAUGUGGAAGCGCUGACUAAACAAAAUGGCGUCUGGUUAGGAAAAUUUUAAAAAAAAAGAACUUAAAACCGACCUACCCUACCUAAGUUUGUACAAGAAGAAAUAGGAAACCCACAUAUUUUUUUUUGCCUAAGAUGCUACAAUUGAAGGCCAGUGGCAUGCUGGCCCAUGUUUGCCAGGGGAGGCCCAAGACUAGAUGGGAAUCCGGCGCCUCCUUUCUUCCUUGUAAUUUGUAUAUGGGCGAACAUUAUAACGUGAAAAACGCAUACCCUUGGAAAAUUUUGAAAUCAAUAGUCCCUGAAAAGCCAUUUCUUGCGUUUUGACGAAAUAUUUAGGUAAAUAAACUGCAAAUGCAUUGAGGAGUAAAGGUAUUGGUAUUUGGAUAUACAACUGUUUCAAAAAAGGUUGUCCUUCAAAAAUUUCAAACCUUAAACUCUAAGCGUGCAAGGUGUGAUCAUGGGCGGAUUCACUGGGGGAGUUAGGGGGUUACACCCCCUGUAGAAUGUCUCUAACCCCUCUAAUAAAGUGUUCAAUCCCACCAAAAUUUUGCUUCACCCCUCCUAUUUUGUGUGAAAUGCUUUAACCCAAACGGCUAACCCCUACCGAAGCUCACUGAGUGGUGCCACUUGCACCCCACCAGAAAUUUUUCUACCCCUCCUUUUAAAUAAAUGAAAAUCCACCCUUGGGUGUGAUGGGUGUGUAACUUCUUAUUUAAGGCCUAAAAUGUGCGCAUUUUGCAUUGUAAGUAUGGCAAGGCAGAUAAUAAGCACUUAAAAUGUACAACUAGCAGUGUAGUAGGAUUAUUUGCCCAAUUCAAAGCUCUAAAAAGAAGUUAUCCAUCACUCUUUGCGCGCUCAGAGUUUAAGGUUUGAGAUUUUCGAAGGACAACCUAGCUGUAUACCAAAUGGGAAGUUGGUGAACGACUGAAUGAGUCUUUGUGCGAGAGAUGUAAAUUAUGUUUACAUAGUUUUCUAAUUCUAUGAAUAAGGACAAAGUUUGAUUUGUAAAAAUGUUAAUUUACAAAAGUGCUUUUGAUAGUUCCAUUGACGUCGUUGCACGUAAUGCGCAUGAUCGCUCUUUGUCUAGAGACUGAAAAAUUCCCCGCUCAAUAGCCAUCAAAAGUAAAGGCUUCCAAAAGUAAGGCUUCCAAAAGUAAGGCUUCUAAGUGCUGAGAAUGAGCGCUCAGCAGUGGCAGAACUGAUAGAGAUAGCAACCGCAAUCACGUACACUUUACAAAGUGUGGAUAUGCAAGGUGGAAUGUAAUGAGGAUGCGGGAAAAACUAAAAGAGAGCAGUUGCACUUCGAAAAUGAAGGUGCAAAGGUGAACAGCUCUUCGGCGCAAUAUGUGCGAUAUGUCGUGCAGAAACUGGUUAUGCUGGAUUCCUAGUCGCGAGCAUUUUGGAAGUUCUCCACACGUUCUGGGAAACCGUUUGCGGAAAACAUUGCAAGCGACUGCAAUAAUGGCCGGUUCUUCUCGAUACGAUUUCUCAUCGAAUUGAUGACGGUGUCAACAGCAACAUGGAAACUUUCAAAACGUUUCUUCCGCACUGUUACAAAUCUGUGUUUGUCUACCCUGGAUUCCAGAGCCUUCGACAGUAAAUAAUAAAUUGAAAUGUCGCGAAGGCUCUGGUUCAACGGGGCGAUUCUUUGAUUAAACCGCGCCAAUCACAAAACAGAAUCAGUGGUUUUAGUACAGAUUCUGUACUAAAACCACUAAUUCUGUUUUGUGAUUGGCGCGGCUUAAUCAAAGAAUCGCCCCGUUGAACCAGAGCCUUCGCGACAUUUCAAUUUAUUAUUUACUGCAUGUCGAAGGCUCUGGAAUCCAGGGUAGUGUUUGUCACUUUGUCACUCAAAACUUUACUAUUGUAUAAAAGUUUUCCCACACCUUAGGAGGCGUGACUUGUCAAAAAGCUGUCAAAACGUGAUUGAUUGGGAAAACGUUGAAAUUUCGAACGCAAACAAUUGAAACAAACGUUGAAACAAGUAACGCUUAACGGUGGCUUGUAAAUGGCAGUGAAGUAUAAACGACGAGUCGACGACGAUGUAAUAAGAAUUGUCUUGCAUACCAGCUAAUAUCAAACAAUCUCAUUAUUCAAACUCUUUUUCUCUCAUUUGCCAAUCGGAUCUAAAAAAUUCCAAUUCGGACUGGCGCUUUUGUGGGUGCUUUCGGUGAUUUUGUGCAAUUUCGGUGCCCCAUUUAUGCUUUGGCGCCCCCCAAAAAUAUGUUCGUGGGGGGGGGGGCAUGGCCCCGGCACGUCACUGUAUAAUGAAGGGUAUUGUAUGUGGAAAUUAUCGAGUGGAAAUUUAUAUACAUUUAUUACACCUAAUAACAUCUGCGAAAAACGCAACUUUAGGUCCCUGUUAGAAAUCGAUCUGCGCGGUGCUGCGAUUCCUUGCAAUGCUCUAACCAACUGAUCUCAGAGGCUAAUUGUCAAGCUCUAACCACAAGUUCAUGUACAUAUAUACUGGGUAUCUAUACCCUGUCUGCCCUAAGUCUCCAACCACCAUGUUUUAGCAAACAGUAAUUGUAAACUUAUUUGUGCAGAUAACCAGGAAGAUAUACAGGCACUGUUUAUAAAAUUAUUAAGAAGAGCUGGUUGGAGAGUAAUUCCUGAAAAGUGGGAGAAAGGUUUACUCAAGGUAGGUACUGUUUCUCUGUUGUCAGACUUUUAAGACUGUGAGUUUGUGUGAGAUGAGAAAAUUUGGGGGCAUUCAAUGUGCAUAGCUUAACUUCCAAUUUGGAAGAGUGUGCAUACAGUAGUUCGCUGAACAUAAAUUUUGUCUACACUAAAAAUUUGAAGAUAGAGCCCACCAUAAUAUUUAUUUUUCUGUACAAUGGAUGAUAUAGGAGCUUGGGGUACAAUGGGUGGUGCCCAUGUAUGUUUACACCAACCAGAUGUAUAGUUACCAAAAUUUCUCUGAUCUAUGAAUCUUUUUAUGGCACGUACAGUAACUCCUAUAAUAGUAAAGCAAGCACAGCCCCUUCCUCUAGAAAAUCUGGUAAUGGGUCUGUGGGGGUUCCAAGGCAUAAUUGCAUGGUACUGUUAUUUCGUUUUCAUGAUCACAACUGUAUUCAGCGCUGUGUGUUAUUUGACAAUUGACAGUUUGUAAAAGAAUUUAAUAUUACAAUUGCCUGGGACUUGGAACAGUUUGGAUUUAGAGGACUCUCAGGUGAAGCAAAGUUGGCAAUACUAAAAGUAAGAAAAAGUUAAUUUGUGAUUUUAUUGUAGAUAAAAUGUAUAUAUAUUCAUCCAUCACAACCUACAUGUAAGACCAUAAGAACAUUGUGAGAAAAUGUAGUCAAGAACUUACUGGAUGUUGUUUUGUUCAUUUUAGCAUUUGCUGGAGUCUCAAUUUGAUAAUAAUGACAAAUUCAAAAGUGCAGUAAACUGUGAGCUCACUCCAGUUGAUCUGAGACCUCGUCCAGUGGGGAGCGAUAUUGAUGGACUCAUUUAUUGGUUUCACGAGGUAAAGCUGAACGUCAUUCAAAUAACAGAGGAUCCACAAUAAGAUUCAUAGAAUUACUGUAAUUUCAAAUCCUGUGCUCAAUUGUGUAUAUAUUCUGCAUUUUUUUGUAGAUCCCGUGUCCUUUCUUCCCUUUCCCCAUUUUAUGAUAUAUUAAUCUUGCCCUGGAUUCAUAAGCAAAACCCAUUGUGUGGGGAUCAUAACAAUGAUCACCAAGACGAAUUGCACAUACUGUAGUCUAGGUUACAGUCUACAUUACACAUGUUGCUUAAAUUUUGGCACACAGGAAAUGAUAAAGUUCACUGCAAUGAUGGAGCUUGAUCAAACAAUAACAAGCCAACAAGGGUUGGUUUAUGGGUUGAUAGGAGAUUAUUUUUUGUUAAGCACAUAAGAGGGAAGAGCCUGAGAAUGAGGUUGUGUUAAGAAAGACUUCAGUCAGAUUUUUGGAUUUUGUUAAAUAAAGUUUUUACUAGAGGUUUUUUGAGAAUUUCAAAAUAUUGCCUGUUAAAGUACAAUGUUGUCAAAAAUACGUUCGAAGUCGCUCUAAGAAAAUGCAGUUGGCAGCUUGUAGCAGAAAAUGCCAUCAAACAAAUUUUGGUGUACAUUUUUAGGUUUUCACCGGCCGUCUAUUUGUGAUCUGUUGAUCUAUUAUAAUAUAAUAAGUUAAUUUGUUGAUCCUGUUAGCCAUUUCUGAUGCUUUAACAUUACAUUGUUCUUCUCAUGCAGGAUGAACUCUUGCAAAUAAGAUUGUAUUCAACUGAAGAAGAUGAACUGGAUUGUGAGGCAUGGAAAGUACUGGCAUGGUGAGCAACUGAGCAUUUAUAUUAUUGGAUUGUUAGAUUUACUUUAUGUUUUAUGCAUUAUCAUGGUAUUAAACAAUUUUUCAACAGAGACCCAUGCUAUAUUAGGCGAAGUGUAGGAAUUUAAGAUUGAAAAAUCCUUCCAAGCGAAAUUAUAGCCCUUUGAAAUAUGCAAAAAGCACCGAAACAGUUUCUCAAAUAGAUUUAUAUUUACAAGUAUACUUUGUAAUUUUAUAUUUAUAUGUAUAUGUAUACUUUGUAAAACUGUUAAUCUUGAAGGAUUCUAUAAGGCGACAGUAAUUACAGUAUCUUGGUCGAAAUUAAUUUAUGAAGAUAAAAGAAUAACUAUUUUUCGAAUAUUUGGAGAAUUUUGUAAUUUAAGAUCUUUUCAUACGUAUCUAAAAAUAAUUUAAUACCUUUUCGACUGAAAAAUUAAAAGCGAAAUCGACUUGAAAAUCAACUCGAAAUCGUCGAGUACAAAGACGAAAUAUAUACUACAUGCAUGGCAAUAAUGUGUAAGAUAUUUUAUGUAGUGAGGUUGAAGAAAUCAUGGAUGUUGUGCAAUAUCUUGAAAAGAAAUCAGAAAACAAUCCGAAAGACGUUGCGAAAGGAAAGAGAGAUGAAAGACGACAACAACGUGCUUUGAAAGAAAAAGAAAAAGAAAAAGAAAAGGCAAAAGCAAAGAAAAAGAAAGGUAUAAAAGCAAAGAAAAAGAAAGGUAUAAGUGAUGAAAAGUCACAGAUGAAAACAUUGCCUGCUGUCACGUGGAAUUUUAAUGUUUUUCAAGAGCAUUUGAAAAGCAUUAAGCUAUACGUUUAUACACGCUGCGAUUAAUCGUGUGCGAUUGGUUUUCUGGCGUAUGUCAUUGAGUAAACACGCGUAAGCUGGCAAAUCGUAGCGUGUAAACGUGGCUUUAGACAGGUUUAAGCCCUGGUCUAACGAGAUGAUGUUGUUGAUGAGAGUUGAGAAGCGUGAGUUUGCGUGAGAGGUUCCCAACUCUCAUGCCAAACGAGAACAAGAAUUGCAUGAAAGUUGAGGAGAGUUGACUGGACCAGUUCAAAGUUAAUGAGAGUUAAUGAAAGUUCAUGGGAGUCGAUGAGAGCUGGCUGUCAAAUGCGAGCGAGAGUUGCAUCUCUCAUUUAGGCAAAAUUCGAUUAAUUGCUCAAUUGAAACCCUCAAUUGUUCGUUACUGACGUUGCAUGCCGUUUCACGCGAGAAUAGAUCGAUUAAACGACGGUACUAUAAGAUAAGUAUUUAUCGUCUGAUUCGCGUUGUUCUUUUUUAAAAGUAUGGUGUUGUUUAAGUUGUAAAUUUCAAUAGUACUGAAAAUGAAAAAUUACAGUGAAAUUCAUUUAUUGCAGGUAAAAAGUCGAAAAAGCAAGCGAAGUCUGAAAGCAGCGAGUCAGCAGCUAGUGAUGAAAGUGAUAUGGAUGAUGAUAAUCCCUGUGCAAGAUGUUAUUCCAGUGUUCAUCCUGAGUGGGUAAGACUGGAGAUCAGUGGCGGACAUUAGCGAAGGGGAGACCGCCCCCCCCCCCCAAUAUUUUCUUAAUGAUUAACUUAGUAAAUAUGAAAGUCUUGUAUCCUUUUAACGUAGCUUAAUUGAUACAGUUUUCAAAUGAUUCAGGUGUACAACAGUUUCAAUUGACAUGUUCAAACUUCGCACUAACGUUUCAGACUAACAACAGGCAAAAUAGAAAAAGUUCUAUGAUGCCAUUUUCUUUAAAAAGCCAAAAUGGUGGUCAUUUUCUUCAAUAUUAACAUUCUUUUGGUAUUACAUAAUUUUUUUAUUUUUUGUAUAUAACGAAAGACUGUUUGUCAAUACAGCUUGCAAAAUUUGAGCAUAUACUACGGGUUACCGGAGAAAAUAAUGAGAUAUAGCGCAUUGUUUUUCAAAAAUUGGAUUUUUUAAUGACGUCAGCACGGUUAUGAAACACGCACAGUGGCGCGAGAUGGCGUGAGCAACUCGUCAACGUCAUGUCAUAUUAGAAGUUCUUUAGUUCAUGUUCCCACAGAAACGAAUAACCACGCAGGCUUGUUCACAUAGCAUAAAGUUUUGUUUUCACGAUUAUUGCAUAUAUAAAGUCUGCCCCAGGAUUUGUUGCUGUGUAGUGUAUAUAGGAAACCUUGGGUUACCUAUGCUAUAUCCUACACGAAAAUCACAGAUCGAUCGACAAACCACAUACUAGUCAUUACGAUAUAUGUAUGUACGUGUAUUUUGAUAUAUAUAUAUAUAUAUAUAUAUAUAUAUAUAUAUAUAUAUAUAUAUAUAUAUAUAUAUAUAUAUAUAUAUAUAUAUAUAUAUAUAUAUAUUUAUUUAUUUCAUUUAUAUUAUAUUUUAUAUAUAGAUCCUGCUAUGUGAUAAAUGUGACGCUGCUUAUCAUACAGCAUGUUUAAGACCUCCACUUAUGAGCAUACCAAAUGGUGAAUGGUUUUGUCCUUAUUGUAGCACGGUAUGUUUUACAAAAAUACAGAGCGUGAUAAUACUUAAUAGGAUGACUGAAUGCCGUACAGAGACGUGAUGUGCUUAAUAACUCAUGUAAGUCGAGUUAUGUUCAGACAUCGGUCGUCACCCAGAGACGCCAUACAAUCGUUGACAAAACCCUUUGGGCAGAAGGGCAUCCAACCAGGGGCAUCGCUAGCCCUGUUUUAAUGGAGAGGUGUAAGUGCAAUUUUGCCGACUGACCUCAACCACGAAUUGAUAUUUCUUUUCCCAAAGUUCUUGGGGGGGGGGGGACAAAAAAAAAUUUAAAAAAUGUUCCAGACAUUCAAUUUUAUUUUCUUUAAUUGUUCCUUCAGUUCUUUCGUAAAUUGUUGCUAAAAAUGUUAGUUUUUAAUCAGUGUAACUCUAAAGGCCCAUACAGACCGGACGCGAUUCGAAUUUUCAAUUUUCAAUGACAUUUAACUGUGCUAUUUUUCUAUAUUUUUCAAGUAUUCGGAACACUUAAGCAAUUUUAGCUAUUUGAUCUGCAUAUCUUGUAAUAUCUUUUAUGCGUCGACGGUUUUAUUUGUUUUUAAAAACUGAAAGUUCGCGUCGCGUUGUCGAAUCGCGUUCGAUCUGUGUGGACCUUUAUAUUUCAGUUUUUUCCACCCUCUUAAUCCCCGCGUUCCCUUACAGUGUUGUGUUAUAGUAUUUUAUCAUAAAUAUAAAAACAUGAUGUCAUACAGCAACAUUGCUUAGGGGGAUAGGGGGAUAUUCGGCUAUUUAUGAAUCUUAAUUUUUAAUCAUUCAAUUUUUGACAAUGUUUUUCAAAUUGCCCGAGUAUGUUUUGUCAAUGAUGUUUGAACUGCGUCCCUUGUAAUUCAGCACUCAGCUUCGAUAAAGAUAACUAGUCUUGCACCCACUACCUUCACUUCACUAUCUUGCAGUUGAUACUGAUUGACACACUUAAAGAAAUAUAUUCCAGGAUAUCCACUCGUAUUAAAGCUCGCAGCAGAGCAGCCACCAGGUAAAAGUUCAAAAAAUUGUUUCAUCCUUUUUGUCCAUGUUUCUAUUUCACAGGUUUAAUUUUUUUAUUAAAUGUCAGCCAAAAUGAAAUUAUUUUAGUAAGUGUUACAAACACUUAAAUUUGAGAUGGACAUACAGAUAAAUGUUCAGAAAAUUUCACGUUUGUUGAACUAACAGAGAUCUUAGAGAGCAUGCAAGACGGCAAUCGUUACAAUAAUGCAUAUGACUCUGUGGAUGUGCAUGCAUACAUAUAUUCUAACUUUCUUUUCACCCAUGCAUCGAAUUAACUUUAUCUAGUGUCAGGAGGUUGAGACAAGUGCUCCGCGGUUAAGUGAGAGUUUUUAUGACAGUUCUAUGCCACUACUAGCCCGCGACUCGUACUUAUGCUCUCGUUUUGUGUACGACGUGUUCCAGGAUCGUCCGCCGGCCUAUUUAAUUAUUCAUCUCUUUUCUAUUCUAUGGGAAAUUUUGGUAUAUAAGUAGCCGUUGUCAUCGUGUUUCUGGCUAUCGUAAAAACUAUUGGUUGGUUAUAAAUGACCAAAUUAAAAUGAAGGAUUUGCCAUACAGCUACUCUGAAUGCUACUCUGCCCUUUAAUGUGCGCAUGCUCAGUUACAUUUCCCCCCAUUUUUUGCCUAAUAUGGAAAUGGUGGGUAAAAUGUUUUUAUACGUCUUAUUUGCAUGUGCCUUGUGGUUUGUGUUGAGCUAACAAUGUCCUUGUGAGAUUUUAUAGUUCUCUACCUUAGAAAACUAUAUCCCACAAUCAUGAAAACAGACUGACAGAACGUACUUAAAUACCAUUGUGUGCGUAAUCUCUAACGUAGCUCAUAUCUGCCACGACACUAUCUGAAAGUUAAUUCAGACUGUGUUGCCAAACGGUGAGCUAAGAUUAACAUCCAGUAAUAAGAAACAAUAGUCAAUGUUGUGACGAUUUGUGCCGACAACUGGAGAAAUUUUAACUUCUAGCACGACGACUUUCAAUAAAACAGUAAAAUGAGUGAGGUUUCACAAACCAAGUGGUUUGGGUUGAUGUAUGAACGACGUUCAGUCGUUCACUAUAACAAUAUCCAAUAUCCGGACGACACACUUAAACUAUGUGAAUUCCAAUAAAUUUAUACGCACAUACAAAUAAUUUUAUUUCCACUGUGACCUAGAGAUAUGUUCCAACUUCGUAACAGAGCUUUCCGCACUAAGCCAUAGGCAUAGGUUGGUUAAUUUUCAAAAUUGUCUGAAGUUGCAAAAUUGUAACAGCCAAUUAAGUCUAUCCACGCGUUAUCCACGUACUUCGUACAGAAAGAUCUAUUGCAAUGUUUGAAAUUGGUGCGUUGCGGGGCAGCAGGUAGUUGUCAACUUUGACACUCAUGGGUUGCAACAGUUAAUUUAUAUUUCUGCCCUCUUUUGUUUAGACAAAAAGGAAGCGGCAUCAAUUUGUCCAACAUACGUCAGUCGGGAAGAGUAAGAAAAACAGUCGACUACACCUUCUCUGAAUUUGAUCAGGAAAUCUUUGACGCUGUAGACAGAGAUGGCCGAAGAAAAGGAGCUGACGAGAGCUCACAGUCCAUUGCAACUACACAUGGUAUCAGACAAUCAAAACGUCGUCGAAUGCUUUACAAUGAUAGUGAUUCGGAUUCCAAUUAUGAUCCUGGCAGUCCCAUGGUAGGACCACAAAUCCCCAAGCAUCCCGAACGACACGUGUACUUAAGACGCCACGAAAAUGACGUGGAAAAUGGCAAUAGUGAUGAUGUUGAAGAAGACAAACAGGAGGAUGUAUUGAAAGGAGAAAUAUACGAUGAAAGGGCUGGUAAUGAUACUGCCUUGCCAAGAGAUGAUGUUGUGUAUGACGGAGCCUCUCUUGAGUACAACAAGCCAAGUAAUACAAACUCUGAUACUGCUGGUGCUGGUGCAGGCAGUAAUCAGAACGAUGACUCUGGUUCUAUGAGUGAUCAUGACAUUACCAAGUUAAUUAAUCAAAGCUCUAAAGCACUGACAGAUUCAGUAAAUACAAACAGUCAGACCGAUUACACUAGUUCGGUUGAGAAUAACAAGCUGAGUGAUAAGAACCUUGAUACAGUUGGUAAUGGCAGUAGUCAGACCAUUGAUACUAGUUCAGUUGACAAGUUAAAUAAUCAGAUCCCUGCAGAGGACGAGAAAAUUUCAGUACAUACAACCAUUCAGGCGGAUGACUCUGGCACAAGCAGUCCAAUUGAACACAACAGUUCAAUCAAUAUUAGUCUUGUCAGUGAUCAAGACAUGCUAUCUCCGAAUCUAACGAGCGAAGAUACUUCAAAAUCGUCAAUCAAUAACGCCCAAGUACAGACCUCUACAGAAACAAGUCGUAACGGUGAUAACAUAGUGAACGGCAAACAAUGUACGCAAGUUGAGUCAAACUGUAAUAUGUUGAAUAGUCGUGAUAUUAAUUUGUUAACACAAGAAAACGAACAAGCGGACUCGAUUCAGAAAAAUCCAGACCAUCUUUAUGGAUCACAAACCAUUGCGUAAAAUGAAAACCUUACGUAAAAUUUUCGUGUGUAUAAUAAUUCUAUACUAUAGACAUAAUGUUGGGCAACGGGGCUCAUAUACAUAUGUUUAAAUGCUUUUUAUUAAUAGCGAAAUAUAUAUGUAUUAUAUAUAUAUUUCAUUUGUGGAAACUACCAUACGUAAUGACUAAUGUACAAAUUGAUUCCGAUACACAUUUUAAAUGUAUUUGUAACAUGUA